AUGGGAAAUUUGUUCAGAAUUAUUUAGCAUGAGGAAACGCCUCUGAUGAUGCCAGACUCUUCAUUUGAUAAUUUAAUUAAUGCUGACAUGCAGCAUACUUUAGAAUCUAUCAAGAAAAUUAAAAAUGAAUCUUAGCCAGUUUGCAUGACACAUAAAAGAUUUGUAGAUUAGAUUUGCUUAUAUGAAAGAUGCAGGGAAAGCGAGAGAUUUAUGUGUCCUAUUUGCAAGAUAAGAAGCCAUUAAAAUCAUGAAGAGCAUUUUGUAUCAAUUUACGAUUUUAAAAAUGAUCUUUUGUAGUACAUCAACGAACGUCGUUAAGAAAGAAUAACUUUGCUAAACUCUUUCAAAAGGUCCUAAGCAACUAUAAAAUGUAAUAGGUUAAAUCAAAGCAAUGAAUCAAAUGCUUCAUCAGAAUAAAAUGUAUUAAUCAAUAGAGCAACUACAUCCUCCUUUUCUUCUUCUUCUUCAAAUUAGAAUGAGUUGUACGAUUCUCUUGUUAAAUAACUUUAAAAAACAGAAAAACUUUCUGAACAAUUCAUAUUGGAGGGCUUAGUUAAUGACAUUGAUAGUUUGAUCAACAAAAUAAGAAAAUUAAAUAAAACCCAAUAUGAAUCCAAAAAAGCAAGCAACGAAUUGAUUCAAUUUAAUUAAACCUUUUAGAAUAUCUUCAAAAACUUUAUUUAGAAAAAGAACUUAUCUGAAGCAAAAAUAUUUUGGUCUCAGCAUGAUUUAAUUAAUGAAAUAAAUUGUGGAUUGAAUGAUAAUAAUUAUGAGAUGAGUUCUCAAGCUGCUAGUGCGUAGCAUCAUGAACAAUCAAAUAGAUCUCUUCUAUCCAGAUAAGUUCUAAGCAAAAAAAAUUCAAGGGGAUUGCAAACAUCUGCAUCUUCAUAUUCAGGUGAUAAAUGCAAUUAAAAUUAAGUCAACACCCAAAUUAAAAGAAAGUAGAAAUAGCAAUAGCCGUUCAUGUCUCUGAUUAAAUUUUUUGAAAGUUUUGAACAUCGAAUUAUUGACAAACUAUCAAAUCAAAAAAUAUCGCACAUUUAUCCAAUAAUUUAUCUAAGUUAAAAUUACUGCUUAAUCAUAUAUUCUACUGGCUUCAGCCUUAACACAAUUGGAUUGUACGAUUUAGUUAACUCCAAACUAGUAAAAUCUUAAAGAAUCGAUUUGAACUAAAGUGGUCUUUAAAAUUUUUAUGAAAUUGGAUUAUUUUAGUUUUUAGAUGAUGAAUUUUAAUAAUAACAUUAUUUUCAUCAACACAAUACUGAGCAAAUAAAUUUUAUUAACGAGCCUAUUAUAUAAGAAUAAAUGGAGGAAACAGAAACAGUUGAACAAAGCAUUAUUUAAAUAUCAGAUGAUGAUAAUUUAUCUAAUCAAUAAAGUGAAGAAGAAGAAAUCUAAAGUGAAAGUUAAUAACAUAGAUAAAAUAGAAGGAGUUAAGAUUCCCAAAGGAGAUAAUAGUAUUAUCCCCUAGCUGAAACUAAUGAAAUGAGAAACAAUUAUUCACAAAAUUAACAAGAUAGAAUUAAUAGAUCAGCAGAUGGUGAAGAAGAGGAAGAAAUAUAAAUUGGGAGAUAUCAAUUUUAAAAUUAAGAAUAAAUGAAUCAAAAAGAAGACAAUUCUCCUUCACCUUAACAUUAAUAUUCUAACAACUAUGAAAUAGAUAAUCAUUAUUAGAGAAAUGAAUAUUCUUCCAAUGAAGUUAUAACAAUAAACUCUGUGUCUAGAAAAACAAGCAGCGAAAUAAGCUAAGAUGAUAUUGCUGUAUUUAGUCCUAUUGAGGAAGACACUCGCUAACAAGACGAAUAUGAUAGCGAGUUAGAUAAUCUCAAAAACAUGUUCACUUGUAAUAAGGAUGAUAGCUUAAAAGAGUCUUUUUCAUAAAAACAUAGAGACUCAUUAGAAAUUAAAAAUCCUUUUGAAUAAGAUAAUAAAAACGACAAAACUCUCUUCAAGCAAAAUAAUAAAAAUGCGUCAUAAAUUUCAAAAUCAAUAAAUUAUUUAGAAACAGAAAACAAUUCGGGUUGGAAUUCUAAUAAAAUAAGCAAAAAAUAUGAAAGCAAACUGAAUAAAUUUGAAGAGAAACAAAAAACUGUAAUCGAAGAAUCAGAAGACGAAAGCAACGAAGAAUCUAGCCAAAAUAAUAGUUAAUAGAGUUAUAAAAUAAAAGAUAAAAAUGUUAUAGUUAUUUCAGAUUCAGAAAGCUCAAAUAGCGUGCAAAGCGAUGAAGAAGUCAAUUAUAAACGAGCUAAUAAAACAACUAAAUAAAAUUAAUCUGAUAAACUGUCUAAUAGAAAUCAAAAGAAACCUUUAUCUAAUAUAAAAGAAGAUUCAUUUGAAGAUGAAGUGGAAGAAAUAGAAGAAUUAAUUGUAGAAGAUGAAGAGUAGGAGGAAUAAAGUGCCUAAAACGAAUAAAAUUAAAACUCAAAUAAUUACUUUAAUUAUGAAGAGGAAUAUAAUUAACAUUUAAACGAUCAUGAUGAAUUUAUUCAUGAAAUGGAUUAUACAAAUGAUCAUAUUUACUAAGAACCCUUUAUUGAACUGACUCCUACUUUGAGUCUCCACUAUUAGCCAAUUUUCUUUAACACUUUAGAUUCCAGCGUUGAGUUAAAUUUAAAAGCUAAUUUCAAUUUAUUAGUAAGAAACCAACCAAACAGAGUUAUUUAAAUCGAAAAAUCUAAUUUAAUAUUUAAAAAAAUAAACUUCCAAGGAUAUCAAACAAAUUCAGAUAUUCUAGUUAAAGAAAAAACAAUCUACACAAAAAAUUAAAUUAAACAAGUCUUUACAAUUAGUCCUCUGAUCAUAUGCGUUUGUGAGAAAAAAUCCACAUUGAUGUUUUUGUUUUCUUCCCAAGAUUCUCUAACUUUUUAUAAUACAAGAACGAAAAAAAUGAUAAAAAAAAUAAAUAAUUUAGAAUUUAACAAUGAAAACAUAAAGCCACUCAGGAUAGGUAAAGGCCAUUCUUUUAUAUGCUUUAAGACAUUCAAAAGAAACUCAACUCACCACUUCGUCAUUUACAACUGGAAAACAGAAAAAGAAGUUAAGAGGUUUGAAUUGAAAGGAGGAGCCACAUUUGAAAACAUGAGAAUUUUCAUCGAAUUCUACUAUCAAAUGUACUAAGAUUUAGAUUUUGACUCCAAUAAAGUAUGUCUACAAAUAGGGGACAAGCUCUUACAAAGUACUAAUUUCUAAGAAAACUCCUUGUAAUAUUGCAUUCCUUACUAUUGUCAAAACCAGGAAAGAAAAUAUUAUCAACUUGGAAUCUGCUAUUUGCACAACAAAAUGCUCAAAUCAAUACCAUUUAGCAUCAAGCAUAUCAGUCUUGAUUAGGGAAUAUCCUAAAUGUUCAUCUCAAACGACUAGCUAGUAAUUAUUUUGAAAAAUGGCGAAAUUCACCACUGCCAUGUCAAAAAUCUCCCAGAAAAUGUGUAAAAAAGUAACCAAGCAUCACCCUAAACAAAGAAAAGCAAUUUUAUUUUAAUAAACUGA